GUUUAUAAACAAGAUGGAGGUGAUUUGGUUCGUUACGUAGCAAAUAACACUCGUCAUAAAUAUACUUUACCGUUAACAUUUAUAGUUCAUAAUCCACAGGAUUAUAAUUACAUAUGGAAUUAAGUGGAAAUAAUUCUGUGGAAGUGAAUAUGGAUAAUAUAAAAGAAGAUCAUACUAUGGCAAUGGAAGACAUUCAGAAAGUAAAUGAGGAAAGAGAUAGUGCUGAUACAUCUAGAAUGGAUGUUAUAGUACAGAUUGACGACAGUCAGUGCAUUCAAGAUGGUGAGCAAAAACGCUGGCACUGCAGACUCUGCCCGAAGUCCUAUACAACAAAACAUAAUCUUGUCACCCACAUGUUCAGUCACAGUGGUGUGAAACCCUUCCACUGUCUGGAGUGUGGAAAGCGAUUUAAACAGUUGAGUCAUUUGAAUAUUCAUAAGCUAACCCAUGAAGAUUUAAAACCCCAUUGUUGUAGUGUAUGUAAUCGAGGGUUUACCCAAGUUAGUCAUCUGAAGAGACAUAUGCUACUACAUAGUACUGAAAAGCCAUUCACUUGUAGUGUAUGUGAGAAGGGAUUUGCUUAUCCAAGUGAGCUCAGUGCACAUGAACUGAAACACAGCCAGGUAAAAGACAACACUUGUGUGGAGUGUGGUAAAGACUUUAUUACACUUCGUCAGUUGAAGCGUCAUCUUGUUUCUCAUGAUAACAAUGUGCACAGAUGUGAAGAGUGUCAUCGAGGGUUUGCUUACCGCAGCCAGUUGCAACACCAUAUCAUGAAACACAAGGAUAUCCGCCCAUACAUGUGUGGAGAGUGUGGGAUGGAAUUCAUGCAGCCUCAUCACUUAAGACAACACGAGUUUACUCACAAAGGAGUUAAGCCACACAGGUGUCACAUCUGUGGGCGUGAAUUUUCCCUGCAUGCAAAUAUGAAGAGGCAUUUACUCAUUCAUAGCAAUGUGCGUUCCUACAGCUGUGAAAUCUGUAACCGAUCUUUUACCCAGAAACAGACAUUAAAAGCUCACAUGGUUGUACAUAGUGAGGUGAAACCAUAUAAAUGUCACGUCUGCAGCAAAGAAUUCAGUCGAUAUCAUAACUUAGCUGGUCACCUGCAUCUCCAUAAAAAUUCACGGCCAUUCAAGUGUACUUUGUGUUCAAGUGAGUUUACUCUGAAAGGGAAUCUAAGGCGACAUAUGAGAAUUAAACAUGGAUUAUUACAAAUCCAAGAUGAUGAAGAUGGUGAAAAGGAGGAGGGAGAAGAUGAAAAGAUGCACUCAAAAAAGAAUUCUGAAGAUAUAUGCGAGAAGGACAAGACAGAUAAUAAAUCUGAAUCUCCUGAAGGCACUUCAAUGAAAGAGGUAAAAAUGGAAUCUGAUGAAUCUGCUGAACAGAGUCUGCGACAAAGUCUAAAGUACUUGUCAGAAUUGUCAGGCCAAAGCAUAACAAUGGAUAGCUUUAAGAACUGUCUUUAUCAUAGUUCUUCUGAUGAAAUCAGUGACUCUGAAAAUGACACUUCUCUAGAUGGUAUUAAACCUGCUCCAUGUGAAAGAAGCAAGUACUUUGAAUACAAUAAUGAUACUUCUUCUCUUCCAUGUACCUCUUCUGAUUUAUCUUCUGGAACUACUGAUAGUAAGAAGUUGUCUGGAAAACUCCAUAAUAUCAUCGCUAAACUUGGAGCCUCUGGCCCAGACAAUGAAUAA